AUGUUGAGGCUGGUGGUCGCUCUCUCGGCCGUGUUGGCCACUGGUUCGGCACAGACCGCCACUAACAGAUUCCCAGACGGUUUCAUGUUGGGAGCCGCCACGGCUGCCUAUCAGAUAGAAGGCGCCUGGAACGAGGAUGGUAAAGGAGAAAGCAUCCAGGACCAUUUUUACCAUAACUAUCCUCUACUCGGCCUAAACAGCACAGGGGACGUCGCUUGCGAUUCUUACCACAAGUAUAAGGAAGACGUGCAGAUGCUGAAGGGUAUAAACGCGGACGUGUACCGAUUCUCGAUAUCCUGGCCACGUGUCCUUCCAACUGGAGAUCUUGACGUCAUCAACCAGGCUGGCAUCGACUACUACAACAACCUCAUCAACGAGCUGCUCGCCAAUGGAAUUCAGCCUCUGGUGACGAUGUACCACUGGGACCUGCCGCAGGCGCUGCAGUACCUCGGAGGCUGGCCCAACGAGUUGAUGGUCGACUACUUUGUGGAGUACGCCAGGAUACUAUUCGAAAACUUUGGCGACAGGGUGAAAUGGUGGAUCACGUUCAACGAACCAGCCGUUUUCGUGAGCUGGUACGCGGCCAUAGGCAUGGCUCCCUCACAGAACGCUUCCGGCAUCGGCGACUACUUGUCCACCCACACACUGCUCAAGGCGCACGCUCGCGUCUGGCACCUGUACGACGAGCAGUACAGAGCGACACAGAACGGUAGUGUGGGUAUCACACUGAAUAUUGAAGGUCUUGAGCCAGCAACUAAUUCGACAGAAGAUGCAGAAGCUAGCGACAGAGCCCGUCAAUUCCAGAUGGGCAUUUACGCUCACCCCAUCUACAGUGCGGAAGGGGACUACCCGGCUGUGGUGAGAGAGAGGGUGGACGCCAACAGCGCAGCAGAGGGGAGACCGCGGUCCAGGCUGCCGUCCUUCACACAGGAAGAGGUCCAGUACAUCAGGGGAUCAGCAGACUUUAUUGGACUGAAUCACUACUCCACAGACUUCGUGACUUCUGGAGUGACUGGUAUAUCGCCCUCCAAAAACCGUGAUUCCGGCGUCAUCAGUUCAUAUAAUGAGGCAGUUCCCUGGGGAUUCCGAAGUUUACUGAACUGGAUUGCUAACGAAUAUCCUGGAUAUCCGAUUUUUGUAACAGAGAAUGGUCUGAGGAAUUCAGGAGGACGGAACGACACUGACAGGAUCGACUACUAUAUCGGUUUCCUGGGAGCUCUUCUGGAAGCAGUGAACGUUGAUGGAGUUCCAGUGAUUGGGUACACGACGUGGACUCUUAUGGACAACGUGGAAUGGAGUUUGGGAACCAGGAACUUCUGA